AGUGUUGAGACUAUAAUUUGUGUUGUGCGGUUGUGUCAAGGUGGUAUUCGUGUGUAUAUUUACUUACGUACAUGUGUAAUGUAUGUACAUACAUCUUACAUAUACGAAGCAAUCUCUCAGCAGUCAGCUGUUUGUCCGAAGUGUCCGAACUCCGAACAGUCCGAAGCAUCUCCAGCUCGAGUCUCGAGUGUCUCGACUCAGCUGUCUCAAGGCUCGAGGGCGAGGGCGAGGGAGCGCGGAUGAUCGUCGAGAUCGUAAUACCUUGUAGCCUUGUACAUACCAGAUACCUGAUACCACGAUUCCGCGCUGCAAGCUGCGAGGUGCAAGCUGCGAGCUGCGAGCUGCAAGCUGCGAGCUGCAAGUGCAACGUCGUGUUUAUUUUUAGUUUCGAGUGUGCCAUCGUGCCAUGUCACGUCGACGCAUCGACAGGAUUUUUGCUGCGUAACUGCAUGCCGCGGAAUUCCUAACAAUUCGACGGAGAAGGACCCGCGAUUUCACUAGACAAUAAUUCUCUCGUGCGAUCCAUUUGCUGCGAGUAGCGGCUGGUAGCGGCGAUCCGACCGAGUGCGCCGUUGAGAUUGAAAGUCAGCUGGCUAACUCCACCGAAAGAUCAACCAUGAGGAAGACGCGCGUCAGCAUCUUCCGCGAUAUCUAUUACCAACCAUACGACGAUUGCACGAGGCUGAAGCUUUACUCUAGCAGCAAAGCUAGCUUACAACUAAUGCAGCGCAUGUCACUGCUCAAGAGAUUGAAGGUCCACAAUGGGUGCGUGAAUUCUAUCUGUUGGAAUAGCAAUGGGGAAUUGAUACUGUCUGGGAGUGACGAUCAACAUCUUGUUCUAACUAAUGCACAUAAUUAUGAGGUAUUAGAGGACUAUAAGACGAGUCACAGAGCAAAUAUUUUUAGUGCCAAAUUUUUGCCUAAUAGUGGAGAUCACCGUAUUGUUUCUUGCAGCGGAGACGGCAUUAUUUUGUAUACAGAUCUGACGAGAAGAACGGAAACGUUCCAUAAUCAAUUCACUUGUCACACCGGCACUACUUAUGAAAUAGCGACAAUACCCGGUGAGCCGCAUAGUUUCCUAAGCUGUGGAGAAGACGGGACUGUGAGAUGGUUUGAUCUCAGGGUGAAGGACAAGUGUAGCGCUACGAGAUGUAGAGAGGAUGUACUAAUCUCGUGUCAAAGAGCCGUGACCGCUUUGUCCGUGAAUCCUGUAUUGCCUCACCAAAUAGCGAUCGGUUGUUCCGACAGCACUGUAAGAACGUUCGACAGGAGAACUCUCGGUACCUCGGCCACUGGUUGGACAAAUGUGGAAAGUUCAGUGAGACCGCUAUGCAGUUUCACUGUCCCAGAAUUCGAAGGCAAUUCUUACAGGAUUACGUCGUUGACCUAUAGCCCGGAUGGACAAGACGUCCUUGUCAGCUACAGCAGCGAUCAUCUCUACUUAUUCAGUAUCAAAGAUCAAGGGAGUUUGCAGCUGCGAAAAGAUGCGACAAUGGGAAAAGGAAAAGGAAAGAAGCAUUCGUUAAGAUCGCCUCAACCAGUUCGUCGUUUGAGACUUCGCGGCGAUUGGUCCGAUACUGGUCCCGAUGCGCGUCCAGAAAGAGAAGGAGGACGUCGCAGUGGUACAGAAAUCGCUCAGGCAAGACCGGUGUUGCAUACGUCCUUGAUGCAGAGAAUGACGGACGUGCUCAGCAGAAUGUUGAACGACCCGGCCACACGAGCUGCUCUGAGUGCUGGAGGUGAGGAUAGUUUGGAAGGUGUUAUCGAGCAACCAGAAGUUAUUCAAAACGCUGAGAAUAAUCCUGAACUGAAUGUAGAGAGGAACGACACGGUUGAAUUGAGCGCAGAGCAAAGCAAUACUUCGGGAACAAGUGGUAAACAAAAUAGAUACACAUGUGUGAUAUACAUUUCGAUACACAGACUUGAUUUUAUUAAAGUGCCGUUUUUAGGAAAUACAAGUAUGCACGCUGAUAGGGUCGAAAGCACAGAUACAGAUAUGGAUGAAACGCUCAAUAUUGAAAGACCCCAAACGAGAGAGAUCGAACAACCUCAGGAAUAUAAUCAAUUAGCGUCGCCGAAUAUAUCCGCGACUAUGAACGAUGAUGUUCCUAUGGAAACUGAAUCUAGUCAAAGCGAUCAAGCACAAAUCACUUGUGUAAAAUCUACAACCAGUCAUGACAGAACUGAGCAUGAUGAUGUAUGGAAUCGAAACAGAAAUGAGAAUGAAACCUCAUGUACAAAUAUAACUAGCAAACAGGAGAAUAUGAUGGAGAACCUUCAGGAUAGAUUAACAACGAUGCGGGACGGUUUCCUUGAAAGACAUGGUAGUGAACCUGCUGUGAGUUUAACGUAUUCUGACAAAAGCUCAACUAGUGCUACAAUAUCACUUGGUGUCGGGGACGAAGUGACUCGCGACAGUUACCAUCCAGGACCAUCUGGAAGUAGUGAUGGAACUCUCGACGCAGGCCCAAGCAGUAAUCGCAACCGUCGUCAUUACAAAAAAGUUACAGAGACUGUGUACAUUGAUAGCGAUGACGAAGAUAUCCAAUCAGCUGAAAGGUUAAUAAAUCCAGUCGACGGGAUGGACGAAGCAAUCGCCAAUGCUCGUUCGCCGCAAGGACAUGAGACGUUCGAUGAUGCCUAUUUAACGGAGCUCUGCGUAAAACGAAAAUAUAUGGGACAUAGAAAUGCCAGGACCAUGAUCAAGGAAGCGAAUUUCUGGGGCAACGAUUUCGUCAUGUCGGGUAGCGAUUGCGGUCACGUGUUCGUAUGGGAAAGAGACAGCGCAAGAUUAUGUAUGUUGCUGGAAGCGGAUCAACACGUAGUCAAUUGCUUGCAACCGCAUCCGUAUCUUCCAAUGCUGGCCACUUCCGGCAUUGAUUACGACGUGAAACUGUGGGCGCCGAUCAACGACGAACCGAGCUUUGACGAAAAGUUUGCGGAAGACCUGAAAAAAAGAAAUGCAGUUAUGUUGGAAGAGACCAAAGACACAAUUACUGUACCUGCGGUUUUUAUGAUCAGAAUGCUGGCAUGCCUCAAUCAGAUACGCAGAGGUCGAGGUCGCAACAGGAGACGGAGCAGCGACGAGGGCGGCGAAUUACGAGGUGGCUGAGUCGUCUUCAACGGUACUGCAAGUAGUAACGAUAAUAAAAACGAAAUUCGCGCAUCAAUUGCGAAAUUGCGACUAUGAUAAUGCUUUAAUUUACCGAUCAAAUCAAUAUGGAUCAAUAAAUAUGGAGGGUCCUGAUCGGCAUGAACAGAUCUUGUGAUAUAUACGUAAAUUUCAAUUUGAACGGUAUUUUGAUGUAUAGAUGCAUCUACAAGAUAUCUGAUGGCAUUGUAAACAUCAUUACGUAUCCGUAUAUACUUUGCGCUUAUGACGAUGGUAUCAAAUUGGAAUGGAUAUUGAUCGGUACUCGCGGUUUCUCGAAUACCGAAGUUUAAUAAAUUUUUUUUGCCACCUUGUGUCACAAUCGAUAUUUAUAGUGAAUCCGUAUUCUCUUUAGUGUGUUGAAAAACAAGAGUUUCAAUCUCUGUGUAUAUAAUUUACGUUUAUAAUAUUAUCUACAUACAUGAUUAUCAGCAAGUAUAUUAGCAGCUAUGAUUAUUUAUCCGAGUUGUAUGUCAUUAUCAUACGGCUUCGUAUAUUUUUCAAAGAGAUUGUUGUCGAUGAAAUGAGCGGUGCAAAAUUAGCAUGCUGGUCGAAGGCUUGCCAUAAAAAACAUUUCGUCUCUGUUUGUACAUAUUUUCUCGUAUUAUUACGUUAUUAGACUCCAAAUAGAUAUAGGCGAUUAUCGCCUCUUUUGCUUAUUGCCAAUGAUGUCUAGAUAUCUUUGGCGAUAAGGAUAAAUAUCAACUUGUGCAAUCGGAGAUUGUUGAAGUUUUAAGAUCUUAUGUCUGAUUUUCGCACGCGUAGAAAGAGACUUUAACUAUUUAUUUUAAUUAUUACAAUCUCUUGCUUGAAUAUUUUCUGAAUAUGUGUCAAGAUUAAAAUAGUAUGUCGCAGAAUUUUGUAGAAUUAUAUUUCAUGCUCGAGAGGGCGAAUACAUAAUACUGGGUUAUAGCUGAAUGAUCAAGAGAGAGACGUUUUAUUUUCUUCUGUUGUUAAAGCUGCAGGCACAAAUAUCUUGUAAAUUGCACGAUCAGCUUUUCACAUUCGUUCUGUAUGUUGUUUAUGGUUUACAUUUAUCGUCGAAAUUCGAGGAAUAAUACAACGAACGAAGUGUCAGUAAUACAUUUUGAUCCCGUAGAAAAGGACAAUGUGAUUCUAACGUUAUUGGGACAUGAACAUUUUUUUCGUAAGGCGAACCGUAACACAUGCCUUAUAGGUUUUUGAGUUAGAGCAAUAAAGUAUAUCGAUAACAGUAAUCGUGUCUACUUGAGGGAUAGGCAGAUUUAUGAAAAAAAAACGCCGAGGAUUUUAGAAAUCGACUAUCACCGAUAAUCGUGUUACGACGUCGCAUCUCGCGUAACGUCGCCGCGCCGCUUGUGAAAUUUUAGUCGACGAUAGUCACAUUGGUAGAAUAUGACUAACGAUCGUUAAAUGAGCAACGUACACGUAAGAAUAAACAUGUCUUUACAAUUAUGUAUUAUCAAGAGGAGCUUGUUUAUAAUAAAAGUGUGAACGAAUGCAUAGUGUAA